AUGGCCGGACAGGUGCAGUUGUUUCGGGCUAGUCUUCGGAAUGUUCUUUUGGUGCAGAUGAGGCGCUCUUCUGAUCAGUUGGGAGAAUUGGGAAAAGGUGCUGGUAAAGGCGGUGGAGGCGGGGGAGCUGUGAGAGAAGCUGGAGGAGCUUUUGGCAAACGCCAGGCUGCUGAGGAGGAGAGAUAUUUCAAGCAAAAGGAGAAGGAUCAGCUAAGCGCUCUGAGGAAGCACCAUGAAGAGGAAAUCGGCCAUCAUAAGGAGCAAAUUGAACGCCUGCAAAAGGAAAUUGACCGGCAUAAGAGCAAAAUUAAGCAUCUGAAAGAUGAUGAUUAG